AUGGAUGAAGAAUUGACAGUGAUGAUGAAGAUCACUGGAUUAUUGGUCGACAUGAUGAUACAACUGGAGCCAAGGUAUCGUGAUUACGUUGUAAUUGAGAACGGAGAACGAGUGAUUUACGUGAGAGUAUUGCGAGCCAUCUAUGGGAUGUUACAGGCCUCUAUGCUCUGGUACAAAAAGUUGAGAGGAGACAUGGAGAAACAUGGUUUUAUUUUCAAUUCAUAUGAUGGAUGCAUUGCCAACAAGAUUGUGAAUGGCAAACAACAAACUAUUCGAUUUCAUGUGGACGAUCUGUUAUCAAGCCACAUCAAUCCAAAAGUGAAUGAUGAUUUUUGUGAAUGGAUGAAUAAAAAAUAUGGUUCAAUCAAACCAGUCAAAUCUAAGCGAGGAAAAAUUCACGAAUAUUUGGGAAUGACCCUAGAUUUCAGUAAAAGGGGGAAAGUGAAAAUUCGAAUGGAUGACUAUGUCAAUAGAAUGUUGAAUGAAUUUCCUGUGAAGUUCAAGGAAAAUGAAGGGUGUAAGACACCAGCAAGUAAUGAUAUAUUAUCAAUCGGAAAAGGAGAAAAAUUGGAUGAUGAAAAACGUGAAACAUUUCACACAUUCAUUGCCAAAGGAUUAUUUCUGAGUAAGAGAGCGAGAUUGGAUAUUGCUCCAACUAUUUCAGUACUUUCUACAAGAGUGCAGAAGCCAAAUCAAACUGAUUGGAAGAAGCUAGUGAAGCUGAUGCAUUAUCUGAAUGGAACAAAGGGAAUGCACCUGACGCUGAGUGCAAAAGAUUUACGAACUUUCAAAUGGUAUAUUGAUGCAUCAUUUGCAGUUCAUCCAGAUUUCAGAAGUCACACUGGAGGUGUAUUGACUAUGGGUGAAAGAGGAUUACAAAUAAUCUCAAAGAAACAGAAACUGAACAGUCGAAGUUCAACAGAAGCCGAAUUGAUUGGUGUCGAUGAUGCUGCGACACAGAUAUUGUGGACAAAAUUAUUUGUGGAAGCACAAGGUUAUCCUGUUAAAGAGAACAUCCUAUAUCAGGAUAACAAGAGUUCAAUUCUAUUGGAAAAGGAUGGACAUGAUAGUGCCGGAAAGCAAAGCCGAGCUUUGAACAUUGGAUAUUUCUUUAUGACUGAUCAAGUCAAGAAAGAAAAUGUGACUAUUGAAUAUUGUCCAACUGAAAAGAUGUGGGGAGAUUUCAUGAGCAAACCUCUACAGGGACAAAAUUUCUUGGAAUUCAGAUCAUUGAUCCAAGGAGAACAAGAUUAG